AUGGCUGCCUGGUCCCAGCUUCAGCUGCAAAAGCUGAAGCCCAGUCCCCGCGCCCUGAUCGUCGUGAAGCGUAUCGGGCAAAUCUCGUCGCUCAUCCGAUUGAUGCUCUUCCUCAAGCUCCUCCUCGGCGCCUACCGUCACGUCUAUGCCUAUGGUAUCCUUGGUACCGGCAACCAGAUCUACACAGGUAUCAAGAAUAUCAUUGUCCGCAUCAUCCUCAAGCUCCCAUCGUCCAAGGCCGAAAUGGCCAAGGAGCUGGCCAAGACGCGUAGCGGCCUCAAGGCAUCGCUGGCACCCGACACUUUCCCCGAAGGAAUCGAGCUCAACGGCACCCGCUCCAUCCCCGAGCAGGGCCACGACAUUGAGUGGCUCCGCAAGGAGUUCACCAACUUGCACAAGCUUGACCGCGGCGACGUCGAGGGGGGCCGUGUGUCGGGCGCCGUGUACCAUGGCGGCCAGGAGCUCAGCAGCAUUAUCAACGAGGCUUCGGCCAACUUUGUCAUCAGCAACGCCCUUCACCCCGAUGUCUUCCCUGGUGUUCGCAAGAUGGAGGCCGAGCUCGUCUCCAUGGUGGUCAAACUCUUCCACGGCGACGUCACUGGCGCAUGCGGCACGACCACCUCUGGCGGCACCGAGUCUAUCAUCAUGUCGGUCAAGACCCACCGCGACUGGGCGAGGGCCACGAAGGGUGUCAAGGAGCCCGAGAUGGUUGUUCCCGUUACUGCUCACGCCGCGUUCUGGAAGGCGGCCGAGUACUUCUGCAUCAAGAUCCACACCGUUCCCGUCGACCCCGUCACCCGCCAGGUCGACCCCAAGCUCAUGAAGCGCUUCAUCAACCCCAACACGAUUAUGAUUGUCGGCUCCGCACCCAACUUCCCCGACGGCAUGAUUGACAGGAUCCCCGAGCUCGGCCAGCUGGCCAAGCGUUACAACGUUGGUCUCCACGUCGACUGCUGCCUGGGCUCGUUUAUUAUUUCGUUUGCGGAACGUGCCGGCUUCACCGAAGGCAUCCCCAAGUUUGACUUCCAGGUUCCUGGCGUCACCGCUAUCAGCUGCGACACUCACAAGUACGCUUUCUGUCCCAAGGGCACUUCCGUCAUCAUGUACCGCUCCAAGGAACUCCGCCGCUUCCAGUUCUUCUGCAAGUCUGACUGGUCCGGUGGUGUCUACGCCUCUCCAUCGAUUGCCGGUUCGCGUCCCGGUGCUGUACUUGCCGGUGCUUGGGCCGUCGUCAACCACAUCGGCAUCGACGGCUACACCGAGUCUGCCAAGCAGAUUAUCGGUGCCGCUCGCCACUUCAAGGGCGAGCUUAAGAAGCGCUUCGCUGCCGACCUGCAGGUUGUCGGCGACCCCCAGCUCUCGGUUAUUGCCUUCUCAUCUAAGACUCUUAACAUUUACGCCGUCGGUGACCGCAUGAGCAAGAAGGGCUGGCACCUCAACGCCCUCAACCAGCCUGCUGGCCUCCACAUGGCGUUCACCCGCCUUACGGCUGCGAGCGUCGACAGCCUCCUCGACGACUUGGCCGCGGCCAUCAAGGAGGAGAAGGCGUCGCCCGAGGCUGCGACCGGCAACCUUGUGGCACUCUACGGUGUGGGCCAGACCCCUGCCGGCCCCGUGGUUGUGGAGGAGGUUGCCCUGUCCUUCCUGGAUAUUCUGUACGAGUGA